AUGACUCACCCAGAGGCAGACUGACAACUCAUGGGGCCCCUGGGCAAUAGGGGAUCAUGGGGCCCCUGUGUCUUUGCCCAAACUCAAAAAAGCCUAUGAAAAAGGUACCAGGGGCAUCUCAUGAGGCCCCCUACCGACCCCAGGCCCUUGGGCAGUGCCCGAGUUCCCAAAUGGUCAGUCCGCCCCUGGUGACAACACAGGAGCACUAUUAGGAUAGGGACAAUUAGGAGAUUGGCACCUUCUAAAAUAAAGUACCUGAGCAAGGACCUUCAUGGAAGUGUAGA